CGUGCAGCCUUUCAAACUGCGCGCUCGAGUUCCAUCGCGUAUCAUCGACGCACGGAGAAACGCCGAAAAUAGUCAUGGUUCUUCAUCAUUUCGAACCAAGCCCUGAAAAAGAGUCGAUCGGCUCCCAAAUGAACUUUCCCUCAAGCGUGUUUCUGAUUCCGAAAUGGAGGCAGGAGAACGGCAGCGACAGGCCGCCACUAGCGGGGGCCACUCGGGCCCGAGAAGCCAAGCGGAGCAUCUUCAGGAAGCUAUACGACAGGGGUGACCUACCCAUCGCCUUACAUCAUGACUCCAUGGGCAACAAGAUCAUAUGGAAGAGCCAAUUAGAAGAACUGGACUACCACCACUUCCUGCCACUCUUCUUUGACGGGCUCACCGAGACGUUUCACCCUUACUCCUUCUUCGCCUACCGAGGAAUCUGCGAUCUGCUUGAGCACGGAGGACCGAAGAUAUUACCCGUGGUCCCUCAACUAAUCCUUCCCAUUAAAGAGGCUCUGAACACCCGUACUAAACAAGUUGUAUGCAACACUCUGAAGUCCUUACAGCACCUGGUGCGUUCGGCAGAGCUGGUUGGUGAAGCCUUGGUGCCGUAUUACAGACACAUUCUUCCUGUCCUAAACAUUUUCAAGGGUCAAAACUUCAACUUGGGCGACGGAAUCGAGUACGGUCAGCAGAAACGGGAAAAUAUCGGCGAUUUGAUAGAAGAAACAUUGAGGGCGCUAGAAAGGUACGGCGGCGACGAGGCUUACACGUACAUCCGAUACAUGGUGCCAACCUACCAAUCAUGCCACGAGAACAACUGAUGAAUAUUCAUUACCCUGAGCACUGCCUUGGAUGCAAGUUUGCAUAUUCAUAAUUUGACAGUGUUCAAGGUUUAGAGGAAACUCUCCACUAACUUUUUGUGCAAAUGCUUUUCCUCGACUUCAUAUUUGUAUAUUUUUAUUUACCAAACUAGUCAAACAAAACCAAACUUAAAAUUUUUGAUUUUUCUUUCUCCCAGUCGGUUUUAAUGACGAAUAAUAUCAAAACAUUUUCAAUGAAUUAACAAUCAGUUUAUGAUAAAUUGUAAAAAUAACGAAUUCCUUGUAGUAAAUGCUAUUAACAGUUCAUUUCUCAUCUUACUCUACUCAAAUCAAUGGCCUCCUGUUUCUUUCGACAACAAAAACUGAAUGGGGAACAAAAGUUGAAGUUAUUCUCAAAAACAAUUCCACGUUAUGUGAUCCUGACCUUUCAUGCGGCCAAAAUGUCUAGCCUGCCAUGUCUGAGGUUGGUCUGGCUGCAGCAAAAAAAAA